UGCGCAUGUUCUCACCUCAGAAUCGUCGUCGUCUACAUUGUUUCAAGUUUUAAUGACCUCCUUCCGUGAUGCUGCAUCGAUACAGCCUGGCCCUGGAAGGAGCGCUAUUGUUAGUGCGCGUGUAUGUGUGUUAGUGUUGGAGUUCAAUCCCACCUCUCGUCCCCUGCGUCCUGAUCUGGAGCUUCUCUGGCACCUCAGGUAGUCUUCGGUGUCUUGUUUAGGUUUGGCAGAGUGCCAGCUUUCGGGAAUGAAGUCGCUAGUGGUAACCCGAGGCCGCUGGAGCAGCGCUGCAUCAGGGAAACUUGCCCAUUAGUGCAGUGAAUUAUAGCUCGGAGGAAACGUGCCACAGCCGGAGUGUAGGGAAUUUUUUGGUGCUCUUACUAGUGAUUCUCACAAGCUAUUGUGUGGUUGCAUGUUUGAGGAGAGGAAGCGUCGCGGGACAUUGGGGUUUCUGGUAGGAUUUUUGGAAGCGUACUUCUGGGGUUGAGAAGUGUGACUGUGGCGCAGUUCUUUGCGUGGGCUAUUUUUGUUUUCCGGUUGGCCAGGGUUAACUCUGUUCGGUCGGAGGUUGUGGUAUCCUGUGAGCUUAGCUUACGCACAGUGCAGCGCAGCAGUCAUUUGGCCGAUGUGCCUUGACCACUUGAAAGGGUUCAAAGUUUUGUGAUAGCAGCAAGAGUUUCCGCUCAAUUGAAGGCUGUGACCCUGCGUUGGUUAGUGAUUCAAUUCUUCCCUCCAGUUUGCAUAGCAUCCUUUGCCCACAGCCUCGUUUCUUCCGAGUUCGCGGCUACACUAUCUCAUCACGAAUUGCGAUCACUGUUGAGGAAUAGGUGACGACGGUGUCACUUUGUUAGUGAAGGAGAUAAACCGAUGGAAUAAAGUAUGCAGUAGAAUGUGGGCUAAUACAUUGUCACAAGCGUCGUCAUUGUGCGUGCGAAGCUGCUGAAGCUAAAUAAUAGCCAUAUACGAUGCCUCGACCGAGGAGGAGAGGUGAAACAUGUAGAGUUGUUUGCGAACAACCUGAUGCUGUAACCUAUGUUGAGCGUCAAAGUUGCGACUCUCCUAGGAGUUCUGUAGCAAUUACCAUUGCUGUGGAGGACCGAGUUGAUUCUUCUUGUGUAUCUUCACCUUAUCGAAGAGUUCCGGAACCGACCCGCGGCUCCUCGCAGAUGUCUUCGAGUGGACGUGCACUGAGGGCCGACGACGUGGUAAUGACUGAAAUUAGGCUAAACCCUGUGAAUGAACCGGUGAUCCAUGGUUUAGAACUAAGUAUGGAUAAUCACACACAUGUGCAUCGGCGGCGAAAGUAUCUGAGGCCAGGACAGCUUGCACAAUUAGUGGAUGAACAUAAGAAAUCUCGUAUCUCCAAUGGAGCAUUAGGAAAGAAGAGAAUAUUUGAGAACAACUUCACAAGAAGCCGGCCUCUUUCCGCAGAAGUUGGAGAUAUAUCCGCACCGAACUUGGCUUCAUCAUUAUCAAGGUCUCCUGUUUCGACGGUACAAGUUUUUGGACCCACAUUUCCUCAGAGGAAGAAGUUAGUAGCGCCUAGGACUCCCCUAACUCCCGCAUCCCAGCUGACCGUGGUGCGAGAUUCCAUGCGUGAAGUGGACUUCUCAUCUCAACCUGAAUCAUCUUUGGAAAGCUUGCCGGUCGAGCUGCUGGUACACAUUGUUUGUAGACUGCACCACGAUCAGCUUAAACCCGUCUUCCACGUUUGUCGGUCAUUGCAAGAAGCGGUUAACAUUGCUAGAGAAAUGCAUUUUAAUUUCACCACUCCCGAUUAUGAGAGGCAGAAAACUAUAGGCUUAUACACUCCUAAACGCCACCGAGAUAUAUAUCGGAAUGUUAGUGAAGCACCUGGAGGUGUGUUGGAUGUGCGACCUCCAACACCCCAGGCCCCAAGACAUGCACCGAAGCCAGCUUAUGCACGGAUUCCUUUGGCUGAAAUGAAUGCAGUCGUUGCUCCAUUGUUUCAAGGACCUAGUGAUACUCCUCACAGGCCUGCUGGUCUUCCUCGCCUAGCAUUUAAGGCGGUUGCAUCACAUCGAGUUCUCUUCAACGAAGAAGAGUUUCUUCAAGGUGGAACUCUUGCGGCUUGAGAUUUGAAUUAACACAGUUUAAGCUUGUACGAUUUUCGAGUAUCUUAUCACAUGAUGGACGAUGAUGUCAUGCCAUGCAUGUGCCUCAUCGGUACCUUGUAGAUCAUAUGUUGAUUAACAUGAGUCUUCAAACCAACGCCCGUCACUUCUCUGUCCUGGAAAAGACCAUAGAUGAAUUGGGUACGGUGAGGCUGAGAUAUGGCAACAUUCCGGUAACUUAUAACAAUUUUAAAUGUGGAGAAAAUAGGUGAAGCUGAAUGCUUAGCGGCUUCCGUGAUGUAACAUAUUUCUUACAAAACAUUUCCAUUUAGUGGACGAAACGCUCCAGUCCUCGGCA